AAGGCAUUUAAACACUUGUUGGACAGGAAUUGUAAAAUUCUGACGGAGUGUCUGACAGAGUUGACAUAAAUCCAGUUAGUUGCAUUUUCUGAGAGAAACGUGGAGGUUGUUCCUUUACAUGGUGUGAUAGCUGAUACUUUGGUCUAUCUUCAAGGAGGUCUGCUUGCUAGCUAGCAUCCAAAGUUAUAUGUAAAAAAAAAAAACAGCUGUAUGAUUUAGUUUUCUCUGUUUCUCCUCAAACUAAAUGAUAAGGUAGGCUAUAAUCAUCGCUUGUAGUUACUGCAGUCUGCAGAUAGAUAUUAUUGGUCUAUUCCGGGGUCACGAGUACUAUCAGCACAUCGGGCUGUCAGAGUCCAUCUGUAGUGUGUGUUAGGUAUGUGUGUGCACACGCACGUCUGUGUACCAGCCAAGUUUCAAGAAUGUAGAGGAUUGUGUGUCAUAUCAUGUGACUGAGUUUGGCUCUGUUUGGUGACCGUUUCCAGUCCAGUUUUCCAUCUCCCUUGCCAGACCCCCCAAAGUCGGAGUGUGUCAUCAAAUUGAGUGAGAACUAUGAUUGAAACUUAUUGCCACAGUGUGUAACGGUGUGUAUUUACGUCAUAGGGCUUAGAGCCGCAGAUAAGAUUUACCACAGAUAAGAUUUACAGACAGAGAGAGGGAAGGAGGGAGGGACAGAGUGGUGUUACACUGCCAUCUCGCUCACUCGCUCUCACUCAGGGACUCAGAUAGGCUGGUAUACUGAUUUUCUCUGCACUUACUCAGGGAAGCAACAGGGUCAUGAUGACCCAAAGCCUCCAGAAUGGCUUCACUCUGGACAACCACUACCUCCGGGAUCUGAAGGGGCCUGUCCCUGUGCCCACUCAAUAUGCUCCGAGCCUGGGUGUACACCGGGGGUCAUGCCCUGUGGAUCCCCAUAAGGACCAAGAGAUCCAGAAGCAUCGGUCUGCUCAGGCUGCUCCUCUCCUGGGCUCAUGUCGUGUGCAAACCCCUGCACCUAUGGAUGUCCAGAUGUGCCAGUCUAUACAGCCAUGCCAUGCAGAUCACCAAGGAGACCUGAGUGCUGGGCAGCUACUCAAAUGGAUGGACACAAUCGCCUGCCUCGCUGCUGAGCGUCAUGCUGGGAUGGCAUGUGUCACACUAUCCAUGGACGACAUCCAGUUUGAGGAGACUGGAAGGGUUGGUCAGGUGAUCACCAUCAAGUCCAAAGUCAACAGAGCGUUCACCACUAGCAUGGAGGUUGGAAUCCGUGUGUCAGUGCAGGAUGUGAGGGAACAUGUGGAGAGGUUGGUAUGUGUGGCCUACUCCACCUUUGUUGGAAAGCCAGCGGGACCACAGAAAGUGUUGUUGCGGCCGGUGGAGGAUCUGUGUUCUGCAGAGGAGCAGCUGCAGCAUUCUCUGGCCUCAGAGAGACGAAGACUUCGCCUUUACAAUGAACAGACCUUCAGUACCUUGCUACAAGACUACCACACACUAGCCAACGGUAACUAUUCCUCUCCGAGUGUGUGUAGCAGGAGAGACCCGCUGUCUGCUGUGUCCACAGAGUUCACGCGUGUAGAGAGCAUCGAGCUGAUACUGCCUCCACAUGCUAAUCACCAUGGCAACACAUUUGGAGGACAGAUCAUGGCCUGGAUGGAGAAUGCAGCCACAGUGGCAGCCAGUCGUCUGUGUGGCUGCUUCCCCUCUCUGAGGUCUGUAGACAUGUUCCGCUUCAGAGGGCCCUCCUCUGUAGGUGACAGACUGGUCUUUAAGGCUGUUGUCAACAACACAUUUAACAACAGUAUCGAGGUAGGUGUCCGAGUGGAGGCCUAUAACUGUGAGGAGUGGACCGCGAACAAACCGCGUCACAUCAACAGUGCCUUCCUCAUCUACCAGCUAGCUAACAUACCUGGUGACGUACCUGCCUUCCCCCAAGUCACAUACACCACCCAGGACGGGGAGAGAAGAUAUCUGUCUGCCAUUGUCAGGAAGAGAAUACGCAUGGCUAGAAAGCACAUCCUAUCCUGUAAGGAGGAGGCUCCUCUCUCUGUCCCCUGGGACAAAAGCAACCAGGUGUAUCUGGGCUAUAACAAUGUAGCAGCUCUGACUGUACUGGCUGGGAAACAAGACUGGGAAGCCAGCAGCAUCAGUGACAGAGUCGCUGUGUAUGUCCAUGAGGAGGUGGAGCUGCUUUGUGUCCAAGUUCAGAUGGAGGUCAUGACUUCUGCCCUCCAUGCCUUCACCUUACUGGCUGACCUCACGCUGCGACCUCUUUGGGACAAACACUACCUGAGCUGUGAGGAAGUGGAGAGGGCGGAUGAGGAAGAGACAGUAUAUCAUAUUAAAUGCCCCCCCAUCAAUGGAGGCAAGAGCCGUGACUUUGUGUUCCUGCUAUCAAAGAGGCAGCCCUGCAAAGACGGUGACCCCUAUGUGGUGGCCCUGAGGUCGGUAACUGUGACAACAGUUCCCCCUGUGGAGGGUUUCCUCCGUAGCGAGGCCAAGUGUGCCGGUUUCCUCAUCCACAGCCUGGGACUCAACAGCUGCAAGGUGUGUUACUACAACCAGGUGACGUCAGGUGUUUUGCCGUAUGUGGCAGGUAACCUGGCAGGCUGGUCCAAGUCUAUGGAGGAGACGGCUAGCGCAUGUACCACCUUCCUGGAGAGAGACCUCAUCACUACCCUCUACUGACUCACACACUAAGCAUGAGUCUAUGAUGGUGAACUGACACAGCAGCACAGAUUCUAACAAUACAGAACUGUCCAUGGCUGCUAAUACAGGUGUUACAUUUACAGUUACCCAAAAUGUAUUUGUGACGUUUCUGUAACAAUUCAGAGCAAAUUUAGCUCAUGUAUGUGGUGUAGGUCUUAUUUAAUUAAUUUUUCUAUAAAUAUUUCAGAUGUUGAUGCGAGUAAUGUACAGUGACAUAAUGAUACUCCCAAUGACAAAACCUAUUCUGUAAAUAACAAAUAAAAGCUAUAUGUUUUA